AAACCAUGUGGUGGUUCUCUGUCCCUCCAAUGCAAACCGUCGCCGAAGCUGAAAAACUCUACAAAUCUUCCUCGGUUUUUCCGCCGGCGCUUCUCUUCCUUUCUCUUUAAAUCCUCAUUCUCUCCCUCCCUGCUUCGCAAUCCUUUGAAUUCAGUUUCCUUUCUCCUGUAAUCAAAUGGCCGCAAUUUUCCAGGGAGUGGGAGCUGCCACGGCUUUAUCGCCUUCCAAUUCCAUUGCUUCCAAGAAAUUCCAGCUUCCAACUCGCAGAUCUGUCUCAGCAAGGAAAAGAGGAAUUGUUUUGGUUAGAUCUGAUGGAAGCCUGAACCUUGGCUUGAAUUCGAGAGGUCGCCGGGAUCAGCCGCUGAUUACCAAUGCCGUUGCAACCAAGAGUGACGGCUCUGCGGCUUCCACUGCGUCUAAAUCAGGGCAUGAGAUUUUACUCUUUGAGGCUCUACAAGAGGGAUUAGAGGAAGAAAUGGACAGGGAUCCCCGUGUAUGUGUAAUGGGUGAAGAUGUGGGUCACUAUGGAGGCUCGUACAAAGUGACCAAAGGGCUGGCUGAGAAGUUUGGGGACCUCAGGGUUCUUGACACUCCUAUUGCAGAGAACUCCUUUACUGGCAUGGGCAUUGGAGCUGCCAUGACUGGUCUGAGGCCAGUUGUUGAGGGUAUGAACAUGGGAUUUCUCCUUCUUGCUUUUAACCAGAUCUCUAACAACUGUGGUAUGCUCCACUAUACUUCUGGUGGUCAGUUUACCAUACCGAUAGUCAUUCGCGGACCUGGUGGAGUUGGCCGGCAACUCGGGGCUGAGCACUCACAGCGUCUUGAAUCUUAUUUUCAAUCAAUUCCUGGAAUCCAAAUGGUUGCCUGCUCAACUCCUUAUAAUGCUAAGGGCUUGAUGAAGGCAGCAAUCAGAAGUGAGAAUCCUGUGAUACUUUUUGAGCAUGUGUUGCUUUACAACCUCAAGGAGAGAAUUCCCGAUGAAGAUUACAUAUGUAAUCUCGAGGAAGCUGAGAUGGUAAGGCCUGGGGAGCAUGUGACUAUCUUGACCUAUUCUCGGAUGAGGUAUCAUGUGAUGCAAGCUGCUAAAACUUUGGUGAACAAGGGAUAUGAUCCUGAAGUGAUUGAUAUCAGGUCUUUGAAACCAUUUGAUCUUUACACCAUUGGCAACUCUGUUAAAAAGACACACCGCGUUCUGAUUGUGGAGGAAUGCAUGCGAACCGGUGGCAUUGGUGCUAGCUUGACGGCUGCUAUCAAUGAGAAUUUCCAUGACUACUUAGAUGCUCCAAUUGUGUGCUUGUCUUCACAGGAUGUGCCUACUCCAUAUGCUGGCACAUUGGAGGAGUGGACCGUUGUUCAGCCUGCCCAGAUCGUGACAGCAGUUGAACAGCUUUGCAAGUAGUAACAAUCACAGAAGUAGUUAUAGUACGAUUACAGUUCCAUUAGUCUUGUCAUAAUUUAUGGCUUUAUUGCAGCUAUGUUUCUUAUAUUCAAUUUAUCUUUGUUAGCAGUUUUGUGCUGUUGGAACCCACUAAUGUCUGAAGCUGUUUGUUUGUUCUUUCUUUACUGAAAUGGCAUGUAUCAUCUUCCUCAUGGACUAGUUACAACAGUUAGAUCUCUUGAGUUACUGGUAUUAACUUCCAAUUUGCUUGUGUAGAAUAGAAAAGAUUGAUCAAA